AUGCAAAGAUUAAAUCAAACUUUGGAAAAACAAAGAACAUCGGAAUUACAAUUACGUAUUCAACUGAAUGAUCUGAAAACAAGUAAAAAAGAAUUUGACGAUCUGAAAACGGAACACUCAACAUUACAAACCAAAUAUGACUCUAUUGCAACACAACGUCAACGUGACAAACAACGUAUCGCUGACUUAGAACGUAGUUUUGCUGAUGAACGUCAAAGUAGACAACGUUUCGAAUUACAAAUCAAAAAUGAAAAAAGUAUAGUAAAAAAAUUACAAGACGAUAUGGCCAAAUUAGCACUUGUACCACCAAGAAAUGAAUGUCCCGAUCAUUGUUUAAAACGAAAACGUGAUCAAGAGAAUGAAACAAGGGAAUUACGUAAAUUAAUCCAAGAUAAAGACGAUAGAAUUAAAAUACUCGACAAUGAAAUCAAAACAUUAAUAAAAUAUCGUGAAUCUCAUGCCGAUAACGAAGUAUUAUAUCAACAUUUUACUCAAUUACAAGAAAGAAACGCUCAUUUACAAGAUAGUUUGAGUGCUGAAACAAGAAUCAAAUUAGAUUUAUUUUCGGCACUUGGAGAAGUUAAACGACAAUUAGAAAUUGCACAAAAUAAUGUACGGGACAAAGAUCGUGAGAUACAACAGUUACACUCACAUUUAUCUGGUACAAUGGUCAAUGGUCACAAUCAUGGCAUUCGACAAAAUUCUGGAUGUUCAUCUCCAACAAAUCAUUUAGAUGGUAAUAACAAUCAAACGAUUAUACCAACAUCGACAUCUGCCUAUUAUGCGGUAUCAAAAUCACCACCUCCAACAUUACAAGCGCCAAAAAAUUCAAAUCUCGAUCCAAACGCUCAAGAUUAUUGUCCAACAGCUUAA